AUGGCGGAGCUGGCGCUUGCCGCGGGGUUCUCAUCGGCGCAAGCUCCGCGCACGAUGUGCUCUCAGUGUCAGCAGGACCCCGCCAAGUACAGGUGUCCUGGCUGUAGUGCUGCCACGUGUAGCGUGCUGUGCGUAAAAGCGCACAAGACGGCGAGCGGAUGCACGGGGAAGCGCAACCGCGCGGAAUUUGUUCCAAUAACGAAGUUCGACGAUAACCAGCUGGUGUCAGACCUGCGUUUCCUGGAAGACGCGUUGCUGCAGUAUGACGUGGCGAAGCGCACGCGCAUGGCUCUAGGGGUCCGCUACGAGGCACAGGUGGGAAAGCACUGGGGGCGAAUGCAGCAGACAGCCAGGCAGAGAGGCGUGCAGCUGCUGCUGAUGCCUCCUGGCAUGUCCAAGCGCAAGUCCAACCGAACUUUCCCCCUCGCUUGCCCGCUCUCCUCCUCUCCCUCUCUUGCUGUGUUGCCUUCUCAUUUGGCCUGGCAGCCUUAUGCUGGUGCCAGCAACAACAGCCACAUGCAUGCUAUUAACCCGUGCUUCUGUGUGGACAUGUGCAUGUUUGUGCAUGUGCUCACCACGGGAAGCGAUGCAUCAUGUGGCAUGAAGCGGUGCAUCAUGUGGCAUGUGCGAUGGCAGUUUGCAAUCCGAUCCAUCUGCAUGGAUGAAAACAACAACGACAACCACGUGCUUGCCAAUGGGAGCACAGCAGCCUCGCUUUCAACGUUCCUUCUGCCACACACGAUAGACUCAAUCAGCCUCCUUGGGAGAGGUCUUGCAGCGAUUGAGACUGCAGCUAGAAACGCCUCCUUCACAGCUGUUUGA